AGAAAAAAAAGUGUGAGUUGGGGUGGGGGAAUUUAUCUUACCUUCUGUCCCUUUAGAAGUUUCCAAGGGCCAUUGGCAUCUCCUCCGUGGGAAGACCAGGGGAACCACAAGGUGUGGCAUUGGAUUCUGAGAAGCUCGUGGCGGCAUUGUCCCCACACAGACGCUGGACGGCUCUGAUCGGAGCAGAGAGAACGGAGCCCCAGGCACGAUCUCUGGGAGUAGCCUCUCAGGAGCCUGCCCGCCGAGACCUCUCCUAGGAAGCGUCGUGAGGCAGCAGGUGCCACCAGGAUGUCCAACCCCUUCCUGAAGCAAGUCUUCAACAAGGACAAGACCUUCCGCCCCAAGCGCAAGUUCGAGCCGGGCACCCAGCGCUUCGAGCUGCACAAGAAGGCGCAGGCGUCGCUGAACGCGGGUCUGGACCUGAGGCUGGCGGUGCAGCUGCCCCCGGGCGAGGACCUCAACGACUGGGUGGCCGUGCACGUGGUGGACUUCUUCAACCGCGUCAACCUCAUCUAUGGCACCAUCAGCGACGGCUGCACGGAGGAGUCCUGCCCGGUCAUGUCGGGGGGCCCCAAGUACGAGUACCGCUGGCAGGACGAGCACAGGUUCCGCAAGCCCACAGCGCUGUCCGCGCCGCGGUACAUGGACCUGCUCAUGGACUGGAUCGAGGUGCAGAUCAACAACGAGGACCUGUUCCCCACCAACGUCGGCACGCCAUUCCCCAAGAACUUCCUGCAGGCCGUGCGGAAGAUUCUGUCGCGGCUGUUCCGCGUGUUUGUGCACGUGUACAUCCACCACUUCGACCGCAUCGCGCAGAUGGGCUCCGAGGCGCACGUGAACACCUGCUACAAGCACUUCUACUACUUCGUCAGGGAGUUCGGCCUCAUCGACACCAAGGAGCUGGAGCCGCUGGUGAGCUCUCGGCCCCUCCUUCCCUGGGUCGCAGCCCUGGGGACUUUCCUGCUGGGGCCGGAGGCGGGAUAA